AGCCAAGAUGCUUCAUUUUCUUCUUCCCCACUCCAUCAACACGAUUCCUUCGUGAGCAGUGAGCCUCCCCCCACUUCCACGAUGCGCGCUUCCGCCUUCACGGGCACCCUGCUAGUGGUGCUCGCUUUCAGCGUGCUCGCUCGUUCCGCCACACACGCCAUCGUCAACGACACUGUCGUUCUUGGAGAUGAACUCAGCCCAUCCGAAUUCCUUGCAGAAGUGGCAAUCGAUGGCUGCGCCAGCUUGACAGCUGCUUCCGAAGGCUACCACUUUGAAGGAGGCCAGGCGUCUGGUCUCUCCCAGGACCGCUGCACCACAGGUGGAACGUGCCAGUGCAAGAGUUUCAGCGAUUCCUGCGAUAGCGGAGAUUGCUACAAAGUGUACCGUUGCAAUGACACCGCCGCUGAUGGCUGCUUUGCCGUCUCAAACUGCACGCAGACCGUUUUCACCACGGUCAUGGAGGUGGACGUGAACUGCCGCGAUCCGCUCGACGAGCGCGACGAGGACGGCAUCGACUUCUUCGGCAUGCGCUGGAAGCAGGCCCUCGAGGAAGACUGCAACAUUGGACGCGUGUGUCGGUACAACGGCGACACGGCUGCGACGAUUGAGGUCAUCAACGGCACCACCUUCCGCACCACCACCCUCAACUCGGCGCACGUCGACACGCUGCAGGAGUGCGCCGCCAACACCAAGUUCCGCUUCAACCGCUGCACCGUCUUGGACGUGCGUGAGAUCGAAGUGACAACCACGACCACAACAACAACCACCACAACCACGACCACAACAACCACCACAACUACCACCACAACCACCACCACAACUACCACCACCACAACCACGACGCUCGAGCCUUGCCAGCCAUCAUGCACUGAAGCCAUCGAAAGCUGCCUCGGAAAGAGCGUGUUUGAGGACAAUGUGCGGGAUGCGUUCGCGGACUGCGUGGCAACUGCGGAGCGCCACACAGACUCGGCCUUUGUUGACUUCGGUAUUUGUCUCUCCGGCUGCCCCGAAAUGGAGCCAGAGUCUUCCUUUGAGGACAUGAAAGCCGUCUUGCGCUGCCACCGAUUCUGCGCUCUCUCCACCGCCAAUAUGGACUGCAAUGUCACCGUCACCACGACCACAACCACCACCACCACCACCACCACCACCACGACGACCACCACGACAACAACCACCACCACCAACGCCACGACCACGACGACAACAACCACCACCUCCUUCACGGGCUGCGUCAACGACAUGUAUGAGCCCAACGACAGCGUGCCUGGCGAAGCGGCCGUGCUUGGCGGAGGAGACAGCAGCAUCUCUGCGGUGAUUUGCGACGGCGAGGAGGACGUUUACAGCAUUCCCGUGUGCAACGGCACCAUCAUCAUCGAAGUGCUGUUCGACCACCAGACUGGCGACUUGGACAUGGACCUGUACGACAAUGGCGGCAAUUUCCUGACGUACUCCGCCAGCGCCACCGACAACGAGAGGAUCGUGUUCGCCCACGAAGGCGCCAACUCGACCGUUCUCGUGGACGUGUACGGCUUCGAGGGCCAAUCCGCGGCAUACACCAUGCAGACCACGCUGCUGUGCGGCGAGCUGUCGUGCCUGGCGGACAACUACGAGCCCAACGACUCACAGAUGGCGGCGACAUAUCUCGGCAACGAGACGACGCAACUGUUCGCCACGGCCUGCCCAGGCAACAGCGACUACUACGAGGUGUCCGUGUGCCCGGGAGGCGUGCUGUACACGAGUGCGUGGUUCUACGGUGACCUCAUCGACAUUGACCUCAUCAUCUACGACGCAAACGGGGCACGCGUUGGCGGAUCAGAGACAUAUAUCUGGCCAGAAACAGACUACCUGUUCAACACCAACGCCACAGAGGCAACAUACUACAUCAAAAUCGACGGCUACGACUCCACUGAGUAUGCGUACCAGCUGUACGCUUUCAUUGACUGCGACCCCGCCUGCACCGACGACGAAUAUGAGCCGAACGAGACCGUGGACACGGCGACGGCCAUCGGCACCAACACCGCCUUCAACGCCACCGUGUGCUACGGAGGGUACGAUUGGUAUCGGGUGACCCCCUGUGCCAACGGCCUCGUGAGCAUCGACGUCUUGUUCGAUGUGGACAUUGGUGACUUGGACAUUUACCUCUAUGACCACAACGGCAACGUCCUUGACGCCGGCGAGACCUCAACAGACAACGAGCACGUGGAAGGCACGGCGUACAUUGUGAAUGGCGUGCCCAUGUCCUUGUUGGUCGUCGGUUACUUUGGCGUCAACGUGCCUUACGAGGUACAGGUCUCUACCACAUGCUGAGGUGCAUUGCAUCACCCUUGUGUUGUGACGUGCUCGUGUGUGUGUGUGUGUGUGUGUGUGUGUGUGUGUGUUUUGUGUGUGUGUGUGUGUGUAUGCGAGAGCGCUCGCAUGUGUUGCCACUUUCUUUCCCUGACGGCCUUGGCACACGCGCCUGGUGAUGUGAUUUUGCGCCCCACGCACUUGCACUUGAUUUUGUCGUCUUCUCCUAUUCCCCAGUUGUCGAGCCAACGCUUUCAUUCUUUAGUUCCUUGCUUCGCUGCCUCUUUGCGUUUUGUGAUGUGGCGCGGCUGGUUGGCCUAUCACCACAUGCAUCCAGCAAUACACGAAGGUAGACAACACA